AUGGAAACAUUUGAGUUUUUUAAAGAGGAAAGUGAGGACAUUAGUGAUCCAGAAUCGUGCAGAAUGAACCAUGAAGAUACAGAGGAACAAAGAGACGUGAUGGAACGGCAAGAGGGCCUUGAAGACCUCAAUGAAAUGGAGGAGAAACAUCAUUACAUCAUAACAGGAGACAGCGAUGGUUGCUCAGAGACUUUGCAUUUCUCACAUGAAACAGAAGCGGAAAACUCUUUGAUCUGCGUUCAGUGUGGAGAGACUUUUGCAUGUCAAGACAACCUUGAGAUGCAUUUAACAAUUCACAUUAGAGAGAGGCCUCACGCGUGCCUUCACUGUGAAAAGAGUUACACGUGUAAAGCACAUCUCAAUAGACACAUGACCAUUCACACCGGGAAGACACCUUACACAUGUCCUCUGUGUGGAAAGAGCAUCACACAAAAAGAAAACCUGAAGAUUCACAUGAGAGUUCACACCGGAGAGAAUCCUUAUAUGUGUCUUCAGUGUGGGAAGAGUUUUGCACGUAAAGAAGGCCUUAAGAUUCACACGAGAACUCACACAGAAAUCACAGAGAAGGGUUUCAUCUGCCCCGAGUGUGGAAAGUGCAUCUCAAAAAAAGAAAACCUGAAGAUUCACAUGAGAAUUCACACCGGAGAGAAGCCUUACACGUGCCCUCAGUGCGGACAGGGGUAUGUGUGUCAAAAAAAUCUUAGGAAGCACAUGAAAAUUCACAGCGGAGAGAAGCCAUACGCAUGUCAACUUUGUGAAAAAAGUUUCUCCGAAAAAACGAAUCUCAAAUAUCACAUGCGCAGUCACUCUGGUGAAAAGCCAUUUGAGUGCGAUCGGUGCCGUAAACGAUUUACAACAAAAUCACGUCUGACGACACACCUGCAGGUUCAUACAAACGAGAAGCCGCACCGGUGUUCUGAUUGUGGAAAGUUUUUUUCGCGACUGGACAAUUUGAAGGAUCACCAGAAAAGACAUGCUGGUGUAAAAGAUCACGUGUGCUCUGAGUGUGGGAAGGCCUUUACUUCAGCCAGCCAACUGAAUAAGCACCGGAGAAUUCAUACGGGAGAGAAACCUUACAAGUGCUCACAUUGUGACAAGUGCUUCAGUUGGCCUGAAAACAUGAAAAUACAUCAGAGAGUGCAUAAUCGAGAGAAACAAUUACAGCAUUCGGUUUCAUCAGAAUAA